AUGCUGCUGCACUUGAAACUGUUUCCGAGUUACGAGGUGAAGCUCCGACACGGACCACUUAACGGCAUAAUGUCCGAUCCAGGACCAAUUACUAUCAAGGGGGGCAAAGCGGCCAUUGAGUCCGAAACAGGCCCGAAAUUUGCGGAUCUUGAGCACGUUCCCUUCCAGCUCGGAUUCCGAAGCAGGUUUGCCCAUCAGGCCUCCACUCAUCACGAAUUCGAGUUUGUUUACUUCGAAGCACCAUUUACCCGUGGGCCCGGUCCGGGUGUUCUACCCGCAUUCAAAAAUUGUGGGCCUUACAAGACCUGGUUUACUGGCAUCGAGGACACCAGUGGAUUUGACAAUUCAACUGGCGAGGAUGGAAUCGAAAGAGUAUGGAACAUGAUGAUUGCCGAGACACAAAAGAGCGGCGAAGAAUGGAAUUGGGUGGGUGCAUUGGGGUUUAGCCAGGGUACAAGGGUCGUUAGCGGUUUGCUACUCGAUCAGCAACGGCGCCAAUCUCAGCAAGACCUGCCAAUGUCUAAUGGAAUCUCGGGUGUCGGUAGCCUGAUAUUUGGGGUCCUAUUUAUGGGCAGUGGGUCUCCCAUGCAGCCGGAGGCCGGAUCGGCCUUGGGCAAUUCGGAUAGCCAUCAUGAGCGGAUAUCAUCUCCGACGAUACAUGUUCAUGGGUUGAAGGACAUGCAUCUCACUGGUGGACGGAAGCAGUUGGCCACUUGGUUCACUCAUGAUUCUUUCAUUCAAUGGGACAUGGAUUAUCAUCAUGCCAUGCCAUGGUACAAGAAAGACGUUAUUCAGCUUGCUGGGAUUAUCAGAGACACAUACCAAUCCUCUCUAUCGCAUUAA